UCUUCCCCUCCCACUGCAACCGUAGACCACGCAAAAACCCUACCCCUUCCCCUUCGCGUUCUCCAAAAGCACCCAAAUUUGUGAUCAACGAUGCACCACAGCUUCCCCACCAAUCCCCAGAUUAGCAUAAGAAGCUCUCUUCCGCAGAGAAUCGAGGCCAAUCACCUCAAAAUCGUCGCAAAAUCCGAUUUUUCCGAGCUUCCUCGCGGAUUAAAUCGAAAGUGCGGAUUGAGAUCACGGUGUUGUUCUCAUGGACAAAAAAUUGGGAUUCGACAAAUUUGUAAUAUAAAGGGAAAAGCAGGACAACGAAGGGUUGGUUUUCUGCUCGGACGAGUGGUUCUUUUUGCUAUUUCUGAAGGAGAAUCGUCAUUUACUGAAUGUGAUUCAGAUACUGUAGAGGGAGAAAAGUUUGAGUAUGUUGUUGAAAAUCACUCUCCUACAAGCAGUGCCUCGCUUCUUAGUGAGAGAACUGCGGGGAAAUCCGGUUUCAUCUCAUUCUAUGGUAUCUCUGACCCAAAGAGGGAGGAAAUUAGUGCUAGUCAAAUCAAGGAAGCGCCGAAAGUGGUGUGGUUUAUAGGUCCAACUGUCCUGGUAGCAUUUCUUGUAUUUCCAUCACUUUACUUGCGGAAGAUACUUUCUGCGGUAUUUGAGGACUCCCUAUUAACGGACUUUCUCAUAUUAUUCUUUACCGAAGCUCUUUUUUACGGCGGGGUUGCGAUUUUCGUUCUUCUAGUUGAUCUUGUGUGGAGACCACAGCAAGUAGCACUAAAGAAUCUAUUUGGCUCAAACGUGCAGAAUCGGGUUUCUAUAUCUUCUGUUGCAAUCUUGGCACUUAGCCUCACAAUACCUCUUCUGACUAUGGGCCUGGUUUGGCCUUGGACGGGCCCAGCUGCUUCAGCUGCUCUUGCACCUUAUCUCGUUGGGCUUGUUGUACAAUUUGCAUUCGAGCAAUAUGCGCGGUAUAAAAGGUCACCUGCUUGGCCAGUUAUUCCCAUCAUCUUUCAGGUAUAUAGACUGCACCAAUUGAACAGAGCAGCUCAGUUGGUGACAGCUCUCAGCUUUUCAAUUAGAGGAGUCGAGGCGACGUCGCAGACCGUAGCCAUAAGCAACUCGUUGGGUGCUUUGUUGGCCGUUCUCCAAAUCCUCGGUGUCAUCUGCAUAUGGUCCCUCUCCAGCUUCCUCAUGCGCUUCCUUCCUCCUGUCGGCUCCGAUGCCUCAUCUCAGUCUCAACAAUUUUUCUCAUAAAUGACACAAUAAGUUGGAUCGCGGACAUCUGUUUCCAUGACUCAACAGCUCACUUAAAUCUUUUGGCUUAAGUUUACUCCAUAAUUGAGAGAAUGGUGGUCUAAAAAACACCUUUUCAAAGUCUUGUUAGCAGUUAUGGAACAGCAGAAAGCAAGACUGAAACUAGUGGAGUAAAUUUAUCGGUCGAUAAUUGCGUUGAUUAAACUGAGGAGACUAUGCAGAGUUAAGGAUGUAGUAGCAGAAAAAGAAGAAAGAUGCUGGUGGAAGCAACUUUACCAAGUCUUCGCUUGAACUUUGAAAUUUGUAUUUUGAGUCUUGUUUACAGCAAAAAGAAGAACAGAGUCUCUGUACCUGUUCAUUCUCCUUAUUAUAACAGUUGUGAUGUAGAACUUGCGAAAGCUCGACCCUUUUUUGGUCGGAAUUUGUUCAGCUUCUCUAAGAAAAGUGAUUGUUGUAAAGCAAACUGUUUCAUUUGCAAUAAAGAGCACAAGCAGAAGCUCAAGUUUCUUUUGUA